CUGCAAGGCACACAGAUAAAUGUGCAAUCUGGGCUUCAGGUGAGCUCAGCAGCCCAACAUGAAGCCGUUAACUGCACCAGAGACUUCCAGGCAGAGGGUGAGGAGGGUGACUAAGCCUGUAAUGGAGAAACGCAGGCGGGAGAGGAUCAACCACAAUUUGGAGACUUUGCGCCUGUUGAUGCUGGACACCACCCAGGAUGAGAAAUUAAAGAACCCCAAAGUGGAGAAAGCGGAGAUUCUCGAAAGUGUAGUCCAGUUCUUGAAAGAGAACCGUGCAGUGACGUCAUUGUCCGGCGGCCAGAAGACCACCGGCCCUGGGCAGCAGCACCGUGACUACCGGGCCGGGAUGAGAUCUUGUCUGCGGACAAUCAAACACUUCAUGGCCGCGGAGGACCGGAACGCUGCUGGACGAAAUUCCGUUGGACCUCCCGAGGCUCAGAUGAUUGCGUCGUCCUCAGGACAUGUCCCCCACACAUUUUACCCCCAACAUCCGCAGCAGGGUGGAACCUCUUCUCUGCGGUACCUGCCGCAGGGGGGUGAUAAUCAGUGUGACACCCGGAAACUGUCCUCUCCUUCUGCCUGCGUCCAAAGCCAGGAUCCUGUGUGGAGACCCUGGCUCGCCUACACGUCACAAUAAAUAAUCCACGGAUAUACUUUUUUUUUCUA